UCCCGCGCACGGCACCUAACGAGUGCGUUCGAGCCGUCUUACGCCUCCGGCAGUAGCGCUGACGAUCUGUGCGAAGCGACGCUCGCUCAAUUGCUACCGCAGCCCCAUCCGCCAGCUGAGAGCAGCAGCGCCACCCAGUUGAAACGCAGCGCUUAAGCACGAUGGUGCGCGCAAGGACCGUCGCACUGCUGCUCUGCGCAGCAGCGAUCGCCACUCUCGCGUACGCCGACGACGAGCCGUACGAGCCGCGGCCGGACGCCGACGCCGAGCCCGAGGAAGCCGCGGAGCCGGAACCCAAAAUACCGGAGGGCCCGAAGUUCGACUACAUGGACCCGGACACAUGGUCCCCGCCGGUGUGGAAUUAUUCGCGUGUGGCGCACGACGUGGCGUCGAUGACGUAGCGCCUCGAAGCUUUUGUCUCUACGCAGGUCCCAGCCGGCGCAGUACGUCUGGAUGUUCGUGAAGCUCAUCGCGGCCUUCUCGCCGAUCUGGGCGAUCCUCGCCGUGCUCAUGAGCGCGUGGGAGGACGAGGAGGCCGAGAAGCUGAAGCGGUCGAAGAAGGCGGACUUCACCUUCGAUAGUCCCGAAUAG